GUUGCAGUUUCGAUUCUUCCUUUCUAGUUAAGGUUCCCCAGCAGCUCCGCCUCUCUGUGCUGGAACCAUUUUUCGGAAAACCACUGCCGGCUCACAGCGGGCUUUAAAGGGAGAGGAGCGCAGGUAAGGCUGCGAGCAUGACGGCCGAGGAGCGGCAGAAUCUGUACACUUUCCGGGACUAUGUCACGAAGAUUCUGGACCCUACCUACAUCUUGAGCUACAUGGCCCCCUGGUUUAAGGAGGAUGAAGUGCAGUAUAUUCAGGCUGAGAAAAACAACAAGGGUACAGUAGAGGCUGCCUCACUUUUUCUCAGGUUCCUAUUGGAGCUCCAGGAGGAAGGCUGGUUCCGUGGAUUUAUGGAUGCUCUUAACCAUGCAGGUUAUUCUGGCCUUUAUGAAGCCAUUGAAAAUUGGGAUUUCCAAAAAAUUGAAAAGUUGGAGGAGUAUAGAUUGCUUUUAAGGCGUUUGCAACCAGAAUUUAAAACCAGAAUUAACCCAAGUGAUAUCCUUCCUGACAUAUCUGAAUGUUUACUUGAUCAGGAAUGUGAAGAAAUUACACAGAUUUGUUCUAACAAGGGGCCGAUGGCUGGUGCAGAGAAAAUGGUUGAAUGCCUUCUCAGAUCAGACAAGGAGAACUGGCCCAAAUCUUUGAAACUUGCUUUGGAGAAAGAAGAAAGCAAGUUCAGUGAACUGUGGAUUACAGAGAAAGGUGCAAAAGAUGUUGCAUUGCAAGACCUUGAGGAUGAGGAAAUGAAAACUUCCGAAGUACAGAUUUUCUACAAGGAAGAACCAGAAUGCCAGAAUCUUAGUGAGAAUUCAUGUCCACCUUCAGAAGUAUCUCAUACUCACAGCCCAAUGAAGCCAAGAGGUUACCAACUAGAGCUUGCUUUGCCUGCUAAGAACGGAAAAAACACAAUAAUAUGUGCUCCUACUGGUUGUGGAAAAACCUUUGUUUCACUUCUUAUAUGUGAACAUCAUCUUCAAAAAUUUCCACAAGGACAAAAAGGGAAGGUUGUGUUUUUUGCUGUUCAAGUUCCAGUGUAUGAACAGCAGAAAUCUGUGUUCUCAAAAUAUUUUGAAAGACGCGGGUACAAAGUUUCAGGCAUUUCUGGAGCAACAGCUGAGAAUGUCUCCGUGGAACAGAUUAUUGAGGACAAUGACAUCAUCAUUUUAACUCCACAGAUUCUUGUGAACAGCCUUAAAAAUGGGACUGUUCCAUCACUCUCAGUCUUUACUUUGAUGAUAUUUGACGAGUGCCACAACACCAGUAAACAUCAUCCUUACAAUAUGAUCAUGUUUAAUUAUCUAGAUCAGAAACUUGGAGGAUCUUCAGACUCACUGCCUCAGGUCGUUGGGCUGACUGCCUCGGUUGGCGUUGGGGAUGCCAAAAGCACAGGUGAAGCCUUGGAAUAUAUCUGUAAACUGUGUGCUUCUCUUGACAUAUCAGUGGUAGCAACAGUCAAAGACAACUUGGAGGAACUGGAGGAAGUUGUUUAUAAGCCCCAGAAGUUUUUCAGGAAAGUGGAAUCACGGACUACUGACAGAUUUAAAUGCAUCAUCUCUCAGCUGAUGAAGGAGACAGAGAGUCUAGCAAAGAGUAUCUUUGACACACUUGGUACCAUAACUCUCGGAAACUUCUCUCAGAUUCAAAACAGGAAUUUUGGCACACAGAAAUAUGAACAGUGGAUUGUUGCAGUUCAGAAAAAGUGCAUGGUGUUAAAGAUGCCAGAUAAAGAUGAAGAGAGCAGAAUUUGUAAAGCACUGUUUUUGUACACUUCACAUUUGCGGAAAUUUAAUGAUGCCCUCAUCAUCAGUGAGCAUGCACGGAUGAAAGAUGCUCUGGAUUACUUGAAAGACUUCUUCCGUAAUGUCCGAACAGCAGGCUUUGAUGAGACUGAGCAAGAUCUCACUCGGAGAUUUGAAGAAAAGCUGCAAGAACUAGAAAGCAUUUCCAUGGAUCCCAGCAACGAGAACCCUAAACUCAAAGACCUCUGCUUCGUCUUGCAAGAGGAGUACCACUUAAACCCAGAGACUAGAACCAUUCUCUUUGUGAAAACCAGAGCACUUGUGGAUGCUUUAAAGAAAUGGAUAGAAGAAAAUCCUAAACUCAGCUUUCUAAAACCUGGCAUAUUGACUGGACGUGGCAGAACAAAACAGAACAUAGGAAUGACCCUCCCAGCACAAAAAGAUGUAUUGCAUACAUUCAAAACCAGUGGAGACAACAAGAUUCUGAUUGCCACCUCAGUUGCUGAUGAAGGCAUUGACAUUGCUCAGUGCAAUCUGGUCAUCUUGUAUGAGUACGUGGGCAAUGUCAUCAAAAUGAUCCAAACCAGAGGCAGAGGAAGAGCAAGAGGUAGCAAGUGCUUCCUUCUGACUAGUAAUUCUGAUGUAAUUGAAAAAGAAAAAAUAAACAUAUACAAAGAAAAAAUGAUGAAUGACUCCAUUUUAAGACUUCAGACAUGGGAUGAAGCAGUAUUUAAAGAAAAGGUUCGCCAGAUUCAGAUUCAUGAAAAAUUCAUCAGGGAUAGUCAAAGUAAAGUAAAACCUAUACUUGAUAAGGAAAAUAAAAAACUUCUCUGCAGAAAGUGCAAAGCCUUUGCUUGUUAUACAGCUGAUAUAAGGGUGGUUGAGGACUGCCAUUACACUGUGGUGGGAGAUGCUUUCAAGAAGUGCUUUGUGAGUAAAUUGCACCCCAAACCAAAGAAUUUUGGGAGUUUCGAGAAGAAAGCAAAGAUAUUCUGUGCCAGACAAGACUGCUGCCAUGACUGGGGAAUCCAUGUGAAGUAUAAGACGUUUGAGAUUCCAUUUAUAAAAAUCGAAAGUUUUGUGGUGGAGGAUAUUGCAACUGGAGCGCAGACGCUGUACGCAAAGUGGAGGGACUUUCAUUUUGAGAAACUCCCAUUUGAUGCUGCAGAAAUGCCCAAAUGACCUCAGGACUCUAAUCUUUAGCCACAGGGAAUGGGUGACCUUGAAUGAAGAAGAAAUCCACUGUGGCAAAUCCCGAAUGGCUGUCACCACCAUGGCGAUAUUUACUUAUUAAGACUUGUUAUGUACUGAAUAUCUAUCUAUCACUUAAUUCACCUUCUGUUCAUUGUUUGCAGUAAUUUCUACUCUAUCAUAUAUGUAAAGCACAACACUAAAUGCUUUGUAUACCAAUAGAACUCUAAGUACUUGGGAAAACUUAAAAAGCCUUAACUUCUCUUUCUGUCCUUCCCUUUAGAUCCAACUGCCAAGUACACUCCAGUAGUCACCCACUGCACAUUGGGAUGAAUAAAUGAAUAUAACGUUGAAAGGUU